UCAUCGAGCCAAACAACAAGACAGGACAGGACGGACACAACUAUCUCCUGUCUGUCUCCGUCUUUAAUUUAGUAGCUUGUCUAAUCCGCGUCUCUUCUUCUUCUUCAAUCUCCUCAUUUUGAAUCUGAAAACAAAGUCCUCCAUAACUGAACGCCACCGCCACGCCUGGAAAUUUUCUCCAGAGGGAUUUAGAAGAAUCAAGGGACCUGAGCUGAGGAAACAAUGAUCUUGGCAAUUUUCAGCUGACUAGGAAUGAGCUUUAUAGUGACAAUAGUUCCCAAAGGCUCAAAUCAACCUUUUUCUCUCAAACCAAGUGGCUACCAAGUUUUAUAAGGAGUAUAUCAUCUGUAACACGAGAGAGCAAGAUGGUUUUACUUGAUUGCUAACAUAGAUAAACAAAGCUUUGGACUCUCUAUGGCUCCUCCUGGUGGCAAUGCUUUCAAAGAAGCCCCUAGAAUCCAACUCAACAGGCUUAGAUUAUGAGGUUAAGAUGUCUAAAGUGGAAGCUAACAACAAACCAGCAAGAUCAGGUAAUGCCUCCAUUGGAAAACAUGGACUCCAUUCAAGCAAUGGUGUCUAUGAGCUCCUCGAAUGUCUAGUUUGUACAAAUCUUAUGUAUCCUCCAAUUUAUCAGUGCCCUAAUGGCCACACACUGUGCUCAAACUGCAAACUGAAAGUGCACAACACGUGCCCUAUAUGCCGCUACGAGCUCGGCAACAUAAGAUGCUUGGCGCUCGAGAAAGUUGCGGAAUCUUUAGAAGUUCCAUGCCGGUACCAAAAGUUAGGGUGUCACGACAUUUUCCCGUACUACAGCAAGCUCAAGCACGAGCAGCACUGCAGGUUUCGAUCAUACAACUGUCCCUACGCUGGCUCCGAGUGUUCGGUGACCGGUGAUAUUCAAACCCUUGUUGACCAUCUCAAAGAUGAUCAUAAAGUCGAUAUGCAUGAUGGUUGCACUUUCAACCACCGUUAUGUCAAGUCGAAUCCACACGAGGUUGAGAAUGCUACGUGGAUGCUUACGGAGUUACGGUUUUCAACUGUUUUGGAAGACAGUUCUGCUUACACUUUGAGGCAUUUCAGCUUGGGACGGCACCAGUGUACAUGGCGUUUCUAAGGUUCAUGGGAGACGAGAAGGAGGCUAAGAAGUUUAGUUACAGCUUGGAAGUUGGAGCUCACAGCCGUAAACUGACGUGGCAAGGGAUUCCGAGAAGCAUCAGAGACAGUCACAGGAAAGUCAGAGAUAGUUAGGAUGGACUCAUCAUCCCUAGGAACAUGGCUUUGUACUUUUCUGGUAGUGAUAAAGAAGAGCUCAAGCUGCGAGUUACUGGGAGGAUUUGGAAAGAAGAGUAGCUGAUGAUGAUUCAUGAUGCUGAAGCAAUAAUCUCUCUGAUGAUGAUUUUGAUUGGAGUUGAAACGGAUGAUGUACAUAGCAGAAUUUUGAGAGCUUCUUUCACCAUGAAUGGGUUGAAAUCUUCUAUUGCUUUGCAAAUUUUCCUGAUUUGUUGGAAAAAAACAAAGACAGAGACAGACAAGCUUUAGUUUUGGUUCUGUUCUUGUAUCAAAUGUUGAUGUAUGAACCAUAAUAACUCGUCCUCGUCAUUUACAAGGAAAUAUAAUCUAACAGUAAACGUGACUUCAUUUG